GUGAUUUGGUUCACUUUGGUUGUUUUGUUUGGUUAUGUUUAUUGUUUAUAUAUUUUUGUUUUUAAUUUUUAAACUUAAAUAAUCAUUGAACGAUUGAACACUCGCUUCGCUUAGUUUGUUAGCCAUGGAAUUUAAAGUCGAAAUCAAGGGAGAGUUUUUUGAAAAUAAUGAAAGAAACAUAGGGAGUCCCUUAUUCACAUUAACAGGUAUUGGAGGUUUGAAGAAUGAACCAGAAGCAAUGGAAUUGAAAGCUGAAAUUAAGAAAGAAUUGGUUGAAGAUGAACAAGGAUAUAUAGAGAGUCAACUAACUAGUUCUGUAGAUCUUGGAGACUUGAAGAAUGAAAUAGAUGAAGAUAGCUCAGGAUUUUCUAAGGAGAAUGGAAUGGAAAACAUGAACACAUUACCUGAAAUUUCAUGCAAAGAAGUACAACAAAUAAGUCCAAGCUCAGGAGAAAAAAAGCAAUUGUCUCAAAAAGAUUGUUUGGAAUGUGACACAUACAAUUGUGAAAUUUGUUUUAAGCAGUUUAAACAUAAAAGUCGUUUGAAAACACAUUUGAGACUGCAUUCUGUGGAAACGCCUUACAAGUGCGAAAUUUGUUUUAAGCAGUUUAAUCAAAAAGGUCAUUUGAAAACACAUUUGAGACUGCAUUCUGGCGAAACGCCUUACAAGUGCGAAAUUUGUUUUAAGCAGUUCAGACAUAAAACUUCUUUGGAUGCCCAUACGACAGUUCACACUGGAGAAAUGCCUUACAAGUGUGACAUUUGUUUUAAGCAGUUUAACCAAAAAAGUAAUUUAAAAACACAUUUGAAACUGCAUUCUGGGGAAACGCCUUACAACUGCGAAAUUUGUUUUAAGCAGUUUAACCAAAAAAGUAAUUUGAAAACACAUUUGAGAGUGCAUUCUGGGGAAACGCCUUACAAGUGCGAAAUUUGUUUUAAGCAGUUUAACCAAAAAAUUAAUUUGAAAACACAUUUGAGACUGCAUUCUGGCGAAACGCCUUACAAGUGCGAAAUUUGUUUUAAGCAGUUCAGACAUAAAAUUUCUUUGGAUGCCCAUACGACAGUUCACACUGGAGAAAUGCCUUACAAGUGUGACAUUUGUUUUAAGGAGUUUGACCAAAAAAGUAAUUUAAAAACACAUUUGAAACUACAUUCUGGGGAAACGCCUUACAAUUGCGAAAUUUGUUUUAAGCAGUUUAACCAAAAAAUUAAUUUGAAAACACAUUUGAGACUGCAUUCUGGGGAAACGCCUUACACGUGCGAAAUUUGUUUUAAGCAGUUCAGACAAAAAAAUUCUUUGGAUGCCCAUACGACAGUUCACACUGGAGAAACGCCUUGCAAGUGUGAAAUUUGUUUUAAGCAGUUUAACCAAAAAAGUAAUUUGAAAACACAUUUGAGAGUGCAUUCUGGGGAAACGCCUUACAAGUGCGAAAUUUGUUUUAAGCAGUUCAGACAAAAAAUUUCUUUGGAUGCCCAUACGACAGUUCAUACUGGAGAAACGCCUUACAAGUGUGAAAUCUGUUUUCAACAGUUUAACCAAAAAAGUAAUUUGAAAUCACAUUUGAGACUGCAUUCUGGGGAAACGCCUUACAAGUGCGAAAUUUGUUUUAAGCAGUUUAACCAAAAAAGUAAUUUGAAAAUACAUUUGAGACUGCACUCUGAAGAAACGCCUUACAAGUGCGAAAAUUGUUUUAAGCAGUUCAGACAUAAAAUUUCUUUGGAUGUCCAUAUGACAGUUCACACUGGAGAAAUGCCUUACAAGUGUGAAAUUUGUUUUAAGCAGUUUAACCAAAAAAGUAAUUUAAAAACACAUUUGAAACUGCAUUCUGGGGAAACGCCUUACAAUUGCGAAAUUUGUUUUAAGCAGUUUAACCAAAAAAGUAAUUUGAAAAGACAUUUGAGGCUACACUCUGGAGAAACGCCUUACAAGUGCGAAAUUUGUUUUAAGCAGUUUUCUCGAAAGGAUGUUUUAAAAACUCAUUUGAGAGUGCACACUGGAGAAAAUCCUUAACAGUGUGAGAAUUGUUUUAUACAGUUUAUCCAAGCAAGUCAUUUCAAAGCACAUUUGAGAGUGCACACUAGAAAACAAUAUAGGUUUGAAAUGAGGCUAUCAAAGCAACAGUUGCCUAACCACAAAAACGAAGUUUUGAGAUAGAUUCAAUCUUUGCAUUCGUAUUUCCAGUAAGUAUAUUUGUUAAGGGAGCAAGAAAUUAUGUAGCGCCAUCUAGCCAAAUAUAGAGGUAGGUUGUGUCGGCCCCUGUUUAUCCGAAGAUCUAGUGUUGAUAUAUUGAUCUCUUCUUAUUCAAUUGCCAUCUCCGCGACGGAGGACGGCAAUCAUCAUAACUAUUCGGACUUUAGAGACGGCUGCUCUGAAAAUUUUAUUUGAUGUACAUCCGUACAUUCCCUCAGGUUGCGCAGCCACGAUAUUCUGCGUCUCCCUAUGCUUCUUUUUCCUUGAAUCUUUUCCUGCAUAAGUCUAGAAAACGUAGUACCUAGCUAACCUAACUAUUAGCAGAGCACUAUUCUCAUUUUGUUAAAAUUUGCUCUAGCCUUUUAUAUUCUGAUUUUGAUUUCCUGGAAGUAAUCACCUGUGGAGUUGAUCAUUGUUCAAUUAAUAUUAAUCUGAAAAUGCUCAAUGUCUGGCUUAGGCCACUGUUGCUCUGAGGGCGUCAAACAUGUUUUAAAAAGUCUCGUCAAGUAGGCAAAAUGAAACUGCAUGAGAGAUUAGAGAGUGUUUAGGUCACUUAUUUCAGUAACGUCAAACGUUAUUUUGCUCAUGCACAUUGACAGAAAAAUAACGGAUUACUUUUUAAGCGGAUAAAGUAUUCCCGUAUUUAGGUAAAAAUAGGGUUCACGAUAUUAAGGAAUGACAUGUUUGUAAUAUUGCCAGAUGCCAUAUAUCUAUUCUAAAUCAUAAAAACGAAAAAAAAAGUCAUGAGCUGAACCAAAGAAAACUAGAAAAAAUGUUUGUAAUGAUGUAUAAAAUUGUAAUCAAAAUUUAUUUUUUCUAAAAACGAUCAGUUAAUAAACAGAUAAUAUAUUCCACUUGGCAACCGUAUUAGAAUAAUUUUAAAUUACACCACUUUUUGAAAAAUCUGACCCUUGACUGAAUUUUCUUGUUAAAUUUAAAUAGGUUAUAGCACACAACUACUGUUUUAUCAAAAAUCAAUUAUCUAGACAUAAUAAUAAUAGACUAGAUAAGGUAUGGGCCGCUCUGUUUAUCUAGGUGUAAGGCCAAUAUCAAGGACGUCAUUGGCCAAUAUUCGCUUUGAAUGGUCUAGCCAUCUUUGACUGUCACAUUCGUGGGAUCGCUUGGUAAAAAUAGACGGAUAUACAAAUAGAUUACAGUCUUAUACACAUAGAUUUGGCCAGCUCCGAAAAAUAGCGUAACGUGGAGCAGUUCGGGUCGGUAGUCUAUCUAUCUCUCUCUACCGGCGCUCAACUUUCUCUCUCUAGCAUAUGAUGGCUGCCACCUCUGUGUCACUCGUUCCAUUACUCCCACCUCUUAGUAGAUACGCUCACACUCGUACGACAGAAAAGAUAGCUAGACCACCGUACUUGAUAUUGGCGUUACACCCCGAUGCAUUGAGUAGCAUAUCCCUAGCCAAGUCUCUUCCUUUAGAUGUCUCUGCGGAUAUACCACCGAUCGACUGCCCGCGCAUUACACUAUUUUGCUCAGUAUGCCAUGUCUAUUUUUAUUAUGUCUAUGGUUAGCGUAGUGCGUAGUUUCCAUCGAGUUAGAAUCCCAUGGAUAAGCUAUGAGCAUAUUAACCUGUGUAUUAUAAACGACAUCAUAAGGUAUAGUUAACGAUCAUACAAAUAUGGCGGUGGAAUCAGAGCUGGACCCAAUAGGGCUUUUCAACGCUUCUCAUUUGUUUCAAGCUUCUGUCGUAUGUCGUAUAUUAAUAUUAUACACGGAUUAUACGACAUAUAUGACGAAAGCUCGAAAUAAAUGAGAAGCGUUGAAAAGCCCUAUAAUAUUAAAACUACUAUACAAAUCAAUCACUAUCUCGACAAUACCUGGAGCAACAAAGUCUGCUUUGACUAUACAUUAUUAUUCACUUGGUGCGUAUAAUUUUGUAAGAAGAAUUUUUGGGAUUUUAACUCGAUGGUAGUUUCUGAAAGGAUUCAAAAACGAUUUUAAGUAAAAAGGUUAUCCCUUAUUUAUUACUCAAUGCUCAUGACCAUUAUAACGUUUUACGUUUAACGUACAUCAAAAAUAGUCCAUUCUUUCACGGUUUUUGCUCUAAAUUUUAAAGAACCGCUUGGAUUGACAUGAAAUUUGGCACACGUAUAGCUUACAUGUCAAAGAAAAAAAGUGAUAUUGUGCCGAUGUGUGCUUUUGCCCUGGGGGUGACUUUCACUCCCUCUUGGGGUGAAAAAAUAUAUGUCCAAAAUAAGUCCGGAAAUGGGUAAACUGACUAAUUUUAAGUAACUUUUGUUCUAUAGAGCUUUUUCGCCAAGUCAACACUUUUCGAGUUAUUUGCGAGUGAAUAUGUUCAUUUUUUAACAAAAUAACCACGUUUUUAGACGGUUUUUCGCAAAUAACUCAAAAAGUAAGUAUUUUGUCGAGAAAAACGUUCUUAGCAAAAAUAUAGCUUAUAAAAAAGUAAAAAAAUGGUGUACGCGUUAGGUCUCUGGAUCUCGUAGAACCAGGGCCUGUAUUCCGUGCACUGUAGAUAUCUACACGUCGCUUUCUAUCGAUGUCAAUUUUCGUAAAAAUAUUUGAAUUUUUAGCUUUAAUUGAAUUACUUUCUAGUUUUGCUAGUUUAUACUCUAAUUGAUGUUGAAAUGACACUUAGUAAAAUAAGAAAAUAUUUGAAUUAAAACUAAAAAUUAAAAUAUAUUGACAUCGCGCCCAUCGCUUUCUAUUAAUGUCAAUAUAUUUGAAUUUUUAGUUUUAAUUCAAAUAUUUUCUUGUUUUACUAAGUGUCACUUCAGCAUCAAUUAGAGUAUAAUCUAUCAAAACUAGAAAAUAAUUCAAUUAAAGUUAAAAAUUCAAAUAUUUUUACGAAAAUUGACAUCGAUAGAAAGCGACGUGUAGAUAUCUACAGUGCACGGAAUCCAGGCCCAGAGUUAUAGCCAGUGAAAAAUAGAUUCAUAUUCACCAAAUUUCAAAUAGAAUAUUUCGACGUGAGAUAUCCAAAAAAUUAAGCACUUUUUGGGGAAAACCCAUUAUAACUUUUUUAAAGUGUUUAAAAAAAGCUUUAUUUCUGUUUUUGCAAAAAGUUUCUAGCAUUAAAUUUAAGCAAGUUACGCUGAAAAUUUUUUGCUCAAUUAGAAAUCCAAUGAAAUCAAUUAAUUUGUGGUCAUCUGAUUGAAUACAACCAAUAAAACCAACAUUAUACUGAAAACAGAUCCCAUGGGCUGUUUUCACUCAAUCAUGUAGCUAUGGAUACCUACAUUUCGUUUCAUUUCGAUUUUGACACAAUAUUUCAAAAUGUCACGAUUUGGUUGUAAUACUGAUGAGAAUAUUAAUGAAAUUAUCGAGUCGAAUAUACCAAAGAAUACUGUUUACAAAAAUUUUUCUAUCCGAAUAACCCUCGAACAUUGAUAAAUGCUCAAAAAUUUUAUAACAACUUUCUCAAGCUUGUUGCUUACAGGCAACAGACUUUCGAAAUCUGUUAUAAAAAUUUUUCGAACAAUUAUCAAUGUCCUUGGGUUAUUACUACUGAAAAUAAAGUUGGUCCCUUUUGUUUUUGCAAAAAAGAAUCGGGAAGACCACCCCCUAAUUAGCAACUUAAAUGAAAUUAAUCGUUACCGCUCCACAAAUUAUUUUACUUAUGUUGUGUUUAUAUGACCUGUAAGUUUCAUCGAUUCAAAGUGCUUAUUUUUGAAAAAAUUUGAUUUCAAAGUAAAAUUUUUAAAAAUUUAAAUUUUGAAAAAUAAGCUUUUUUUCAAGAUAACUUAAAAAUUGUUAGAGGUACCAAAAAUCUCGAAAAACAAAAAAAGUUAGAUUUGCUUUUCUGAAUAUCAUGUAUUUUUUGUUUUUCUGUUAGACAAAAAUUGAUUAAGAUUUGGUGUUUCUAAAUUUGCAUACAUUCGUGAUCAGUGACUCGUUCAACCCCUUUUAACUACAGCCCUUUCAAUAAUAAGGACUUUGAACCGAUGAAACUUACAGAUCAUAUAAACAAUAUAUACACGAGUCAAGAAACUUGUGAAGUCGUAACGAUUAAGUUCAUUUAAGAUACUAAUUAGGGGGUGAUUUUCUCGAUUUUUUUACCAAAACCACAAGGGACUAACUUUAUUUUGAGCGUAACUUGUUUAAUUUUGAUGCUAGAAAUUUUUUUUAUAAAACAAAAAUGAAGCUUUUUUUAAACACUUUAAAUAAGAUUUCCCCGAAAUGUGCUUCAUUUUUGGUUAUUUCACGUUAAAGUAUUCCAUUUGAAAUUUGACGAAUAUGAACCUAUUUUUCAUUAGCUAUAACUCUGCUUCUACUAGGUGUAGAGACGUGAUAUAUACACCAUUUUUUAAAAUUUGAAUGUGACAUUAAAAGAAUGUUUUUUCGACAAAAUAUUUACUAUUUGACUUAUUUGCGAAAAACCGUCUAAAAGCGUGGUUAUUUUGUUGAAAAAAUGAACAUAUUAACUGCCAAAUAACUCGAAAAGUAUUGACUUAGUGGAAAAACUCUAUAGAACAAAAGUUACUUAAAAUUAGCCAGUUUAUCCAUUUCCUGACUUUCUUUGGACGAAUAUUUUUUUCACCCCCAAGACGGGGUGAAAAGCACCCCCAGGGCAAAAGCACAUAUCGGCACAAUAUCACUUAUUUUCUUUGACUUGUUAGCUAUGUGUUUGUCAAAUUUCAUGUCAAUCCAAGCGGUUCUUUAAAAUUUAGAGAUUUUGCAAUAUUUUACCGGUAAAGAACGGACUAAAAGUAGAGGGCCUAAGAACUCUCUAUUGCAUAGUGGAGAAAACCUUUACAAGUGUGAACAUUGUUAUAUUCAGUCUUACUAAUUAAUUUUCUUUGUACAAUAACUAAUUUUCUUAUGUUAUAAAUACAUUAUACUAGGUGUUAAUAAAUAAUGAUUGAAUUGCGAAA